AGUCAGUCAAAAAUCAGUCAAUGCCAAACACCCAAACCGAACAAAGAUCGAAGAUAUUAAGAAAAUUUAAUAUUUUUCUUUUCGGAAAGUCAGUGCAAUUCUUUAAAUAUUAUUAUAUUAAUUUUGCGGGGAAUGCUCAAAGUACAAUUUGUGAUAUUCUUUGGUGCGAUGUAUGAACUUAGUCAUGUUAAUUAGUGAUUACUGCAGUGGACUCGGCGGCGCGAAAUCGUUCAAUAUGGCCGCCGGAACUGAAACCGUUUCUCAGAUUUGUUUACUGCGGGUCCGGCUGUGUUAUUUUUGUUAGUAGGCAAAGAGUGAUAGUGUAUCAUAAGUGAAUUUGCAUAUUUUUUAGAGCAGAUUCGAUUAUUUAUAUGAUCUCCUGUAAAAUAUUAGAUUUUUAAGAAGUGCAUUGAAUUAAAAUAAGUGCAUAAGUGAUCAUCUUCUUUUCUAUUUAUAUGGGUCGGUGGAGUCCCUGAGUGUGUUUAGUCUAUAAAAAUAUUUCGUUGUGAGUGCUUGCCGUCCCUCGCAAUGUCUCAGCAUGAGCGGUCGGAGCCGCGAUGAGCGCGCCACGGCCGCGCCUGCAGCUGUCGCCGCUGCCGUGCCGCCACUCAUGGGGGUGGAGCGCGUGGUGGGCGCGGUGCCGGGCGGCGGGGGCGGCGCGGAGGUGCUCAACGGCGCCGCCGCGCCGCCCGAGCGCGCGCCCGACGAACCGCCGCGCAAGCGCACCAAGCUCGAUGAAGCGCCCUCGCUGCGCAAGCGAGUGCUCGAGUACAAGCUGCUGCGGCUCAAGACGCUGCGUGACCGGUACACGGAGCAGCUCAGCGAGCUGUACUUCCUGCAAGCGGGCGGCAACAUGAUGGACUACGCGGCGUGGCACAAGCGGCCGCCCGCGCCGCAGCUCGUGGCGUUCCUGGAGGCGCGCCGGCCGCCGGUCGUGCCGCCCGCGCCCGAGCCGCCCGCGCCCGAACCGCCCGCGCCCGAGCCGCCCGCGCCCGACCCGCCGCCGCCGCCCACCGAGAUGGUGGAGAAGGCACGACAAGAAGCGUACGUGGCCGCGCGCGUGGCCGAGCUGGCUCGCGCCGGGCUGUGGGCGGAGCGGCGGCUGCCGCGCGUGUGCGAGCCGCCGCGGCCCAAGACGCACUGGGACUACCUGCUCGAGGAGAUGGCCUGGCUCGCGCAGGACUUCGCGCACGAGCGCAAGUGGAAGAAGCAGGCCGCCAAGAAGUGUGCCCGAGCCGUACAGAAAUAUUUCCAAGACAAGGCGGCCGCGGCGCAGAAGGCGGAGAAGGCGCAGGAGCUGCAGCUCAAGAGGAUCGCCGCCUUCGCGGCCAAGGAGAUCCGGACCUUCUGGCUCAAUGUGGAAAAGUUGGUGGAGUGGAAGCGGUCGCGACGCGUGGAGCGCGCGCGCAAGGAGGCGCUGGACGAGCAGCUGUCCAUCAUCGUGGACCGAACGGAGCAGUACUCCAGGCAGCUGGCCGCCAGUCUGCAGCCGCAGCCCGACACGCCGCCCUCCGACGACGAGUUCACACCCCGGGGACCGGACUCCGACGACGAGGAGACCAUCGCGCAGGCCGAGCAGGAGGCGCAGCAUGACGCGUCGCACCACCGCGACGAGAUCGAGGCGCUGCGGCGCGAGUCGCGACUCGCGCUGCCCGACCUCCUCCCCCCCGGCUACACCCCCGCCGCGCCCUCCCCGCCGCCCUCCCCCGGCUCCUCCGACUACAGCGCCGACGCCGACUCCGCCGACGACGAGGACACCAUCGCCGAGCAGGAGCGCCGCGAGCGCACCGACCACAAGCAGGAGAUGGACGAGCUACAGGAGGAGGCCGACCUCGACAUCGAGGAGCUGAGGCGGCGGUACUCGGCGCCGCCGCCGCCGCCGCCGCCGCCGCCGCCUGACGCCGACACGGACAGCGAGACGGACUCGGAGUCGACGGAGUCGUCGGCGAGCGGCGGGUCGGAGCAGCUGGCCACGCUGGUGGACGAGGCGGGCGCCGGGUCGGAGCGGCGCGUGGAGGCGGCCGCGUCGCUGGCGGCCACGCUGCAGCCCACCGGCACCACGCUGCAGUCCACGGCCGUGGCCACGCCCGUGCCGCGCCUGCUGAAGCACCCGCUGCGCGAGUACCAGCACGUGGGGCUGCACUGGCUGGCCACCAUGCACGCGCGCGCGCUCAACGGCAUCCUGGCCGACGAGAUGGGGCUCGGCAAGACCAUCCAGACCAUCGCGCUGCUCGCCCACCUGGCGCUCGAGCUGCAGGACUGGGGGCCGCACCUCGUGGUGGCGCCCACCUCCGUCGUGCUCAACUGGGAGAUGGAGUUCAAGAAGUGGUGUCCCGCCUUCAAGAUCCUCACAUACUAUGGGACCAUCAAGGAGCGCAAGCUGAAGCGCGUGGGCUGGACGAAGCCGAACUCGUUCCACGUGUGCAUCACGUCCUACAAGCUGGUCGUGCAGGACCACCAGUCCUUCCGCCGCAAGCGGUGGCGGUACCUCGUGCUCGACGAGGCGCAGAACAUCAAAAACUUCAAGAGCCAGCGCUGGCAGAUGCUACUCAACUUCCAGACCGACAGACGGCUGCUGCUGACGGGCACGCCACUGCAGAACAGCCUGCUGGAGCUGUGGUCGCUGAUGCACUUCCUCAUGCCCGACGUGUUCGCGUCUCACUCAGAGUUUCGCGAGUGGUUCGCGCCGGUGGCCGCGCUCGCGGGCGAGGGCGGCGCCGGCGCCGGCACGGCGGGCCUGGUGCGCCGCCUGCACGAGGUGCUGCGGCCUUUCCUGCUGCGGCGGCUGAAGGCGGACGUGGAGCGGCAGAUGCCGCGCAAGUACGAGCACGUGCUGCUGUGCCGCCUUGCCAAGCGGCAGCGCUGCCUUUACGACGACUUCAUGGCGAGGGCCAAGACGAAAGAGAGCCUGGCGUCCGGCAACUUGCUGAGCGUGAUCAACGUUCUCAUGCAGCUGCGGAAAGUGUGCAACCAUCCCGACCUGUUCGAGCCGCGCGCCGUCGCCUCGCCCUUCCACAUGGACGCGCUGCGGAUACACGUGCCUGCCGUCGUACUGCUGGAGGAGGUUCGGGAGCGGAUAGCGUGCGCAGCGCGGCUAGGCGGUGACCUCGCCUCCCUCGAGGUUAGCGACGCGGGCGCGUUCGCGGCGCACCGCGCGCGGCACCUCGCCCCCCCGCGCCGCAUGGUGGAGGAGCUGUGCGCCGCGCCGCCCCCCGCGCCGCCGCGCCCGCCCGAGGCCAAGCUCCGGAUACAUCUGCGGCUCGUGCCGCGCGCGCUGCCGCCCGCCGCGCUGGGUCAGUAUAUAGACUAUCGCCGGGGGACACCGGCGCGGCACCUCGCCCCCCCGCGCCGCAUGGUGGAGGAGCUGUGCGCCGCGCCGCCCCCCGCGCCGCCGCGCCCGCCCGAGGCCAAGCUCCGGAUACAUCUGCGGCUCGUGCCGCGCGCGCUGCCGCCCGCCGCGCUGGGAGCUGUGCGCCGCGCCGCCCCCCGCGCCGCCGCGCCCGCCCGAGGCCAAGCUCCGGAUACAUCUGCGGCUCGUGCCGCGCGCGCUGCCGCCCGCCGCGCUGGGUCAGUAUAUAGACUAGUCGCCGGGGGACACCGGCGCGGCACCUCGCCCCCCCGCGCCGCAUGGUGGAGGAGCUGUGCGCCGCGCCGCCCCCCGCGCCGCCGCGCCCGCCCGAGGCCAAGCUCCGGAUACAUCUGCGGCUCGUGCCGCGCGCGCUGCCGCCCGCCGCGCUGGGAGCUGUGCGCCGCGCCGCCCCCCGCGCCGCCGCGCCCGCCCGAGGCCAAGCUCCGGAUACAUCUGCGGCUCGUGCCGCGCGCGCUGCCGCCCGCCGCGCUGGGAGCUGUGCGCCGCGCCGCCCCCCGCGCCGCCGCGCCCGCCCGAGGCCAAGCUCCGGAUACAUCUGCGGCUCGUGCCGCGCGCGCUGCCGCCCGCCGCGCUGGGUCAGUAUAUAGACUAGUCGCCGGGGGACACCGGCGCGGCACCUCGCCCCCCCGCGCCGCAUGGUGGAGGAGCUGUGCGCCGCGCCGCCCCCCGCGCCGCCGCGCCCGCCCGAGGCCAAGCUCCGGAUACAUCUGCGGCUCGUGCCGCGCGCGCUGCCGCCCGCCGCGCUGGACUAGUCGCCGGGGGACACCGGCGCGGCACCUCGCCCCCCCGCGCCGCAUGGUGGAGGAGCUGUGCGCCGCGCCGCCCCCCGCGCCGCCGCGCCCGCCCGAGGCCAAGCUCCGGAUACAUCUGCGGCUCGUGCCGCGCGCGCUGCCGCCCGCCGCGCUGGGAGCUGUGCGCCGCGCCGCCCCCCGCGCCGCCGCGCCCGCCCGAGGCCAAGCUCCGGAUACAUCUGCGGCUCGUGCCGCGCGCGCUGCCGCCCGCCGCGCUGGGUCAGUAUAUAGACUAGUCGCCGGGGGACACCGGCGCGGCACCUCGCCCCCCCGCGCCGCAUGGUGGAGGAGCUGUGCGCCGCGCCGCCCCCCGCGCCGCCGCGCCCGCCCGAGGCCAAGCUCCGGAUACAUCUGCGGCUCGUGCCGCGCGCGCUGCCGCCCGCCGCGCUGGACUAGUCGCCGGGGGACACCGGCGCGGCACCUCGCCCCCCCGCGCCGCAUGGUGGAGGAGCUGUGCGCCGCGCCGCCCCCCGCGCCGCCGCGCCCGCCCGAGGCCAAGCUCCGGAUACAUCUGCGGCUCGUGCCGCGCGCGCUGCCGCCCGCCGCGCUGGGUGCCGCUACGGCGCCCGCGCUGUGCGGUACCGUGCGGGCGGCGCGCCGGCCGCGCCCCGCCCCGGCUCGGGCGCCCCCCGCUCGCCCGUGCGCCCCCGCCCCCGCCCCCGGUGCCGCGGCGCGGCUGGAGGCGCGGCGGCUGGCGUGCCUGCGGCGGCUGGCGACGGCUAACGAGCGGCGCUGCUGGCGGCUGCCGCUGCUGGGCGCCGACCUGCGCCGCGCCGUGCGCGCCCCCCCACCCCCACCGCCCGCGCCCCCCGCGCACGACCUGGCCGCGCUGCUCGACCGGAUGCACGACGUCAUCGACAGGUUCAGCGUGUGUUGGCGUUCGUGCGUGGCGACGACGCCGACGCUGGAGGCGGGCGCGGGGGCGGGCGCGCGCGCGUGGCGCCUCGUGGCGGGCGCCGCGGAGGAGGGCGCCACGCCGGCGGCCAAGGCGGCGCUGGCGCUGCUGCACGCCGUCGCCAGCCGGCAGACCGUCGCCUUCCCGCACCCGCGCCUGCUGCAGUUCGACUGCGGCAAGCUGCAGGCGCUCGCCCCGCUGCUGCGCCGCCUCAAGGCCGGCGGCCACCGCGUGCUCAUCUUCACGCAGAUGACGCGCGUGCUCGACGUGCUCGAGGCGUUCCUCAGCCUGCACGGGCACGCGUACGCGCGGCUCGACGGCGCCACCAAGGUGGAGCGGCGCCAGGCGCUGGUGGAGCGCUUCAACGCGGACCCGCGCCUGUUCGCCUUCAUCCUGUCCACGCGCUCCGGCGGCGUCGGCCUCAACCUCACCGGCGCCGACUGCGUCAUCUUCUACGACUCCGACUGGAACCCCACCAUGGACGCGCAGGCCCAGGACCGCUGCCAUCGCAUAGGGCAGACUCGCGACGUGCACGUGUUCCGGCUGGUGACGCAGGCCACGGUGGAGGAGAACAUCCUGCGCAAGGCCACCGAGAAGCGGCGCCUCGGCGAGCUGGCCAUCGACGACGGCCACUUCACCACCUCCUACCUGCGCGAGGCGAGCAUCAAGGAGCUGUUCGGGUCGGACGCGGGCGGGGCGGUGGUGGCGGUGGGGGAGGUGGCGGCGGUCGCGGGGGGGGACGUGGAGGGCGCGCUCGCGGCCGCCGAGGACGAGCAGGACGCCGCGGCCGCGCGCGCCGCCCGCGCCGAGCAGCAGGGCGAGCUGGCCGAGUUCGACGAGGCCGUGCCCUACCGCGACGACGACCACCACGACCGCAACAAGGACGAGCUCGCCGCGCUCAUGAGCCAGCUGACGCCGAUCGAGAAAUACGCAAUGCGGUGCGUCGAGAGCAGCGAAGCCGGAUGCGAGGCGGAGCGGGAGGCGCUCAGCGCCGUCCGGCGCUCGCUCGGCGACUGGGAGCGGCGCCGCCGCCGCGACGCCGACGCCGACGCCGACGCCGACCCCGAGCCCGCCGACGCCGACGCCGAGCCGGAGCUCACCUACUCGCGCCGCGACGCCGACACCAAGGUGCGCCCCCGCCGCCGCGUCGCUCCCCCGCCGCCGCCGCCGCCCUCGCCCCCGCCCUCGCCCUCCCGCGAGGACGCGAGAGAGGAGACGAUAGACACGAAAGAGAAGACGGAUACGAAAGAGAGUGCGGAGCCGCCGGCGAGUAAGAAGGCGGGCACGCGCGCCACCCGGUCGCGGGGAGGAGUGCAGAUCGACCUGUGGCGGCUGGACGCGCGCCGCGGCCGGCGGCCGGACCGCGCGGACCGCACGGACCGCACGGACCGCACGGACCGCGCGGACCGGCCCCAGCUCCGCAACGGCACGCUGGACGCGUGGCUGGCCAAGCCGCGCCCGCCCGACCCCGUGUGGCUGAGCGGCGGCCGCGGCGCGCGCGCCGAGCGGAUGCCGAUCUGGUGUCCGCCCUCCCCGCCCGCCAGCGACGGCGACGGCGAGCCGUACCGGCCCUCGUGGGCGCGCGCGCUGUACCGCGCCGGGCCCGCGCCCGAGCACGCGCUGCCCGCCCUGCCCCGCGCCCGCGCCCCGCCCGCCGCGCACCCGCACCCGCCCGCGCACCCGCAUCCGCACCCGCGCCCGCCCCGCCCGCCCCGGCCGCCGCCCUCGCUGUUCGAGCGCGGCGGCGGCGGCGGCGGCGCCGGCGCCCGGGCGCGCAUGCGGCCCCGCGCGCCCGCCGCCGACAAGCACAGGGACGCGCCCGCGCCCGACUGGGCGCCCGCCGAGGACGCCGCCCUGCGCCGCGCGCUGCGCCUGCAGCGCCUGCCGCCCGACGCGCCGCCCGCGCGCGCGCCCAACUGGGAGUGGACCGCCGAGCUCGUCGCCGACGUCGCCCGCGCCUACCGCGCGCCGCGCGCCUGCCGCGACCGCCACGAGCGCCUCGCCGCGCCCGACGAGCGCGAGCGCGACCGCCAGGACCGCCUCGACCGCCACCAGCGCCGCAAGCAGCGCAAGCCGGGCGCGGGCUCGGGCGCGGGUGCGGGCGCCGGCGCAGGCACCGGCGCCGGCGCGCGCCGCCGCCCCGACGACGACGCGCCGCGCCCGCCGCUCGCGCGCCUCGACGCCAUGCGCGAGGCGGCCGAGCGCCGCCGCGCCGCGCCCAAGCGCCGGCUCGACGACGCGCAGCACCACAACCCCAAGCACGCGCAGCUGCUCGCCGACCACGGGCUCGACUACGACCGCCCGCCGACGCCCAUGGAGGUGGCGUCGCGCCGCGCCGACCGCAUCGCCAAGGAGAAGUCGAAGGCGGGCGGCGCGGGCCCGAGCGGCGUCGCCCCGGCCGCGACCGCCGCCGCCGCCGCCCCCGCGGGCCCGCCGGCCCCCGCGGCGUCGGCGGCGGGCGCGCGCGUGGUGGUGGCGGCGCACGCGGCGGCCGGCAAGGCGGAGGCGGCGCGGCGCGCGCGCGCGGCGGGCACGAUGAGCACGAUGAGCACGAUGAGCACGAUGAACACGGCGGGCACGGUGGCCGCGCAGCCGCAGCAGCUGCUGUACCGCCACCAGCCGCUGCAGGCCCGACACCACCUCAAGAUCCUGCACCACGCCAAUGCGAGCACGGCUCAGGUUGCUGGUGGGAGCGGCGUGACGGUGGCGAGCGUGGCGGGCAUGGCGGGCGUGACGGUGGCGGGCGAGAGCGCGCUGCGCACGUUGCAGCUGCAGCAGCUCGCGCUGCGCCGUCCGCCGCCCGCCACCCCCGCCCCCGCCCCCGCCCCCGCCCCCGCCCCCGCCGCCGCGCACCAACACCAGGUGGCGACUGCGGCCGGCACGCGGCUGCUGGCGCGCGCGGCGGCGCCGCACCCGCACGUGGUGGUGGCGCACACUUCGCACGCGCCGCACACUCCGCACGCGCCCCACACGUCCGCGCCCGCCGACCACUGACCGAGUGUACAGAAUACCCGCCCGCCGCCCCGCGUUGCGACUCCUGCGAGAGCGCCGGCCUUAAACCGAAACGUGAACAAUAAACAUUGAC